AUCUUGCGCACGCGCGAGCGACAGGUCGUGGCGUUCAGGGCCUGACGGUUGCUAGGGUGACAGGGACACAACAUGGCGGCCGGAUGCUAACGCUCUCCUUCGAGGGACCACCACGGAGAUCCUAGUGCGGGACCCCGCCUCAGGGAAGUGGAAAGCAGGGGGACACCCUUCCUGCGUUUUUCUUUUCCGUCCAGUGUCGGCAAGGGGUUGUCGCCAGCUUCCGCAUCCAAGAUGAAGAACUAUAAAGCAAUUGGCAAAAUAGGAGAGGGAACGUUUUCUGAAGUUAUGAAGAUGCAAAACCUGAGAGAUGGAAACUACUAUGCAUGUAAACAAAUGAAGCAGCGCUUUGAAAGUAUUGAGCAAGUCAACAACCUACGAGAGAUCCAAGCACUGAGGCGCCUGAAUCCGCACCCAAACAUUCUUACGUUGCAUGAAGUGGUUUUUGACAGAAAAUCUGGUUCUCUUGCACUAAUAUGUGAACUUAUGGACAUGAAUAUUUAUGAGCUAAUACGAGGGAGAAGAUACCCAUUAUCAGAAAAAAAAAUUAUGCACUAUAUGUACCAGUUAUGUAAGUCCCUUGAUCACAUUCACAGAAAUGGAAUAUUUCACAGAGAUGUAAAACCAGAAAAUAUACUAAUAAAGCAGGAUGUCCUGAAAUUAGGGGACUUUGGCUCCUGCCGGAGUGUCUAUUCCAAGCAGCCAUACACGGAAUACAUCUCCACCCGCUGGUACCGGGCCCCAGAGUGUCUCCUCACCGAUGGGUUCUACACGUACAAGAUGGACCUGUGGAGCGCCGGCUGCGUGUUCUACGAGAUCGCCAGUCUGCAGCCCCUCUUCCCUGGAGUAAAUGAACUGGACCAAAUCUCAAAAAUCCACGAGGUCAUCGGCACACCUGCUCAGAAGACCCUCACCAAGUUCAAACAGUCGAGAGCUAUGAAUUUUGAUUUUCCUUUUAAAAGGGGAUCAGGAAUACCUCUACUGACAACCAGUUUGUCCCCACAAUGCCUCUCCCUCCUGCACGCAAUGGUGGCCUAUGACCCCGAUGAGAGAAUCGCCGCCCACCAGGCCCUGCAGCACCCCUACUUCCAAGAACUGAGGAAAACAGAGAAGCGGGCUCUGGGCAGCCACAGAAAAGCUUGCUUUCCGGAGCACCCUGUGGCACCGGAACCACUCAGUACCAGCUGCCAGAUUUCAAAGGAGGGCAGAAAGCAGAAACAGUCCCUAAAGCAAGAGGAGGACCAUCCCAAGAGACAAGGACCGGCCUACGUCAUGGAACUGCCCAAACUAAAGCUUUCGGGAGUGGCCAAACUGUCGUCUUACUCCAGCCCCACGCUGCAGUCCGCGCUUGAAUCUGGGACAAAUGGAAGAGCGCCGGUGCUGAGACCCUUGAAGUGCAUCCCUGCGACCAAGAAGGUAGCACGGAGCCAGCUUCUCCGGCGGCUCUGCUCUCCCGCCCUGCCCAGGCCGCCACUGAAUUUCGUGUCUGUAAUUUUUCUUUGACAGACAGAUCCGCGGAAGGACCUUAAGCCUGCCCCGCAGCAGUGUCGCCUGCCCACCAUAGUGCGGAAAGGCGGAAGAUACUGAGCAUACUGAGCAGCACAGUCGUCUCGACUUCCGGAGGCAACACCAGGCCCGAUCGGGCCAGGCCUGGGCGAUCUGCCGCUGAGACGCCACGGAGGGCUGGGGACGCACCUGCGUCCGUUUCGCGCUGGCUGGGGCUCUGGGUGCUGCCCUGCGCCCCGCCGCACCCGCGGCCCGCGCAGCUGCCCAGGAUGUUCUGGGCUAAUACAUUUGUAAAACCACAUUCUAGGGUUUUCUUUCAUUUUCGUUAAGAAUUUGGGGCAGGGAAUAUUUUGUAACUUUGUAUAUGAAUCAAAACAAGCAGGCAUUUCUGUGAUCAGUUGGGCGUGGUUGGAAGGUGGGCUCUGCGUGUCCCCUCCCAGCGCUUUUCUGGCGCUGCUGGUCAGUCGUGGAGCGCACCACCUCUUACCAGUGACGCUACUGGACACCCCGACUUUUAUUAAAGAAUAAGCUGUCGUUACAGUAUUGCA